CAAAAUCGCAUUAUUAUAUAAAAUAUAUUGUCUAUGUGUGGAACUUAGGUCAAUUUGUUAGAUAUUGAAUUAUAAUUUUUUGUGAUAUAUAGUGCAAUUUCCCUAUAAACAAAGCGUGUAUAAUGCAAAUACUCUUUAAUUAAUAUAUAUAUAAGUAGUAAAAGAAAAUUGUAACUAUACCCCGCCCUUGUUCUUCUGCUUCUUCCUGGCUAGCGCCUCUCUCUAAUCUCUCUCUCUCUCUCUCUCAAACUCGCCAGUCCUAUCGAUUCUCCAGGUUUGGUGGGUACAAAUUCAAAAGCCGAGCGAGAUGCCGGUCUCUCUUAAGCGGAAUAUGAAUGUUGAGAUCCGUGAGAUGAUCAGUAGGGAUCCAUGGUCAUUGAAACAACCAAUACACGUUUUGGGAAUCAUCUUUGCUCUCGUGGCUUUCAUCUGUGUUCUCGAGUUUCUCGUCAUUCCAUCCCAAGGUCACCUGUCUACUAACCUGAGAUUCUUAGUUUCUGGAGCCUGUCUUCUCACCUGGGCUUCUACACUCAGCAGAUCAUAUGCAUUCUACUGCAUAUGUUCCCAUUUAUAUGGUCUGUUCAUGGCUAGCUUUCUUCUUUUCUAUCAGGUAGUGAAGCGACUACCAAAGAAAUUGAGCUCUUCUGCAGUGUUCCUGUACUCAACUCUGAUUGGUCUUACUGUUGUCAGUCUUCCCUACAUACCCGGUUGGUUUGAAGUUAUCCGAGAAACAUAUGCACUUACACGCAAAUUUAGGAAUGUUGGCGAGCUGGCUAUAGUGAUUAAUACACGAUUAUUUGAAACACAGUUUGGAUUGAUUGCUAUCAAUUCAGAGCUCCUCUUGGCGUACGAUGGGUCCAUUGACAUAGGCAUAUCUCGUGUCAUGUCUUGGUUCAUUGGGAUUUGGGCUGCGGUUUUGAUUCUUCAGAGCUCAGAAGAUACUCGCUUUGCUGUAGGAGCGUUGGUAUGUGUACUUGUUGUCUCACCUUUACUGAGGAUGAUCACCAGAUUAAUUUUCCCAGAUUGUGGUAUUCUGAUGGCCAAACUACUAAUCAUGAGGGAUGCAAUUAGAGAUGCUGUAGGACCAUUUGUCUGGAGUUUCAUCAUCUUACAUAUUUACUCUCGUAGAGUAAAGGAGGAAUUUGUAAGAAGCUAUGGAAAAUCGGUAAGAAAGAAGAUGAAGAUGAAGAUGAAGAAGAGACUAGAAACAUCUGUUACUGUUGGUGAAAGUCAUACUCUUGUCUCGCAUUUUCCUACUCCCCCUAGGAUCAAAUUCUCCAGUGGCAAGGGGCCAGGACCUGAUGCACGUGUAGUCUACAUAGCUGGUGCGUUUGAUCUUUUCCAUGCUGGCCAUGUUGGGAUUCUCAGGCGUGCUAGAGAGCUUGGCGACUUUCUUCUUGUUGGAAUACAUAAUGACCAAACCGUGAGUGCUAAAAGAGGAGGGCACCCCCCAAUCAUGAGUAUGCAGGAAAGGAUCUUAAGUGUUGGGGCAUGCCGCUAUGUAGAUGAGGUGAUAUUUGGUGCUCCAUGGGAAGUGUCAAAAAUUACGAUCACGUUCUUUGGCAUAUCAUUGGUGGUUCAUGGGACAGUAGCCGAGAGCGACAAUUUUCAAAGGAAGGAAGAGAAUCCGUAUGCAGUACCAAUUAGCAUGGGCAUAUUCCAAAUCCUAGAAAGCCCUCUUAAUAUCACAACUUCCACCAUAAUGGGGAGGAUUGUAGCGAACCAUGAAGCUUAUCAGAAACGUAAUUUGAAAAAGGAAGCUAGCGAUGACAAGCAGAUGGAAAAGGAAGCUAGUUAUGACAAGCAGAUGGAAAAGGAAGCUAGUGAUGACAAGCAGAAGGGGACUGAUAAGAAUCAAAACACGGAGCGUACCGCAUCCUAUUUCAAGAACUCUAGCGUUGGGUUUUAACCGAGAUGCUUCAGCUAAGAACUCGUCGCGCCCACCAGCCCAAGGAUUGCGAAGAAGAAGGAGAGAGCGGUGAAGCUGGAAGGGUCGCAGGGAGUGACGAACAUCGUUGUGAAGAUUCGCAGAUUAACGGAUGAGUUGGUGAUGGUGGAGAUGAAGAACAAGCAAAGAGACGUGGGUUUAGCUUGGGCCGAUGAGCUCAGGCGAAAGCUACGUUGUAUCAUUAACCAACCGGUUAAAAGGGGUCCGUAAAAUUGUUUCAACACUAAAACCAAUUUUACUCGGAAUUUUCAAACAAUACAACCGGUUUAGUUGAGGAUUCGAGAAGCACUAUAGUGAACCAGUUCGGCUUGCAGUGGAGCAGAGAGAGUAAUGGGAAGAUUGGCCUCUCUGUAUAUAUUAAAAAAAAAAAUGGAAGAAUACUAACCGGAAUUCCAUUUUUCUGUUUCUCUUUUCUUUACAAAGUAUACUUUUAACAUAAUACAAAAUUAUUUGCUA